GAGACGUAGUGCUUGACUAGUGGUAGUGAACGACGAACCUCUGUGGACGUCCGCGUAUUAUUAUAGAAAAUGCAAGGACGCAGCGUUGCGCUACGCUGGCUCUGCCUUUUGCUAGCCGCUCAUACGUGUGUAUGCCAGAAGGCAGGGCGGCAAUAUGGCGAUAAGCUCCAAUCUUUACUCACCGGGGAUAACACGGCCACUCUGAUAUCCACUUUUUCUGACGUGCUGUCUCCCGGAAAUUCUCCACGCAAUGCACCGGCAUCCGGCGCACUGCGUGGGCUGCUAAAAACCGACGGAUCGAAUGAACGUGGAAAGGGUGUCGCGCAGACCACGGCCUUGCUAAACGGUUUCACGAAAUUCGUCCUGCCGCUUGUUCAAAGCGGAGCCGAUUCACAAGGAGGUUCGAUGUUGGGUCCGUUCGGUAAUGCACGCGACAGGCUGCAGCGGAGAUUAACAGGUGGCUUGUCCGGAUAUGGAUCUCAGCGGGCAACAUUAGAAGAGGAGGAUGACUACAGUCACGCGAACGCCGAGAAGUUAACGUUAGGAAGGCGCAGAAAAGGUCGGAAAAAGUCUGACGACAUAAGCCUUUACGACGUCGUCCAUAUUAUCAGGCAACUAGAUGAUCAGACAGGUUACGGAAGCGGAGAGGUAGUCAAGCACUUGCAAGUGAGCAAACAAGAUGCCGAUCACUGGAUAAACACCAAAGGUAGAGUAAGGAGCGAUGGAAAAUGGUAUGAACGUUCAAAUCAGCAUCCCCAAAGAAGGAGGAGAAACAGAAACUACGGGAAUAGACAUUACAAUUCUGGAAGAACCUAUAAACCAUUGCAUGCUAGAUUUUCUACAAAGGAGACAGACGAGGGCAGCGAUAUUAUAAAUUAUGACUACGAAGAUGACAAUAGACGCGAGGAAAACCUAGACGAUGAAAGAGAAUCGAUCUUUCGCGGCAGUUAUGUUGGCGGCGAUUCUAAUCUUUUGACCGGAAGGUUUGGACUUGGUAACGUAAGGGGGCGCGGAGAUAGCAUCGGCGAGCCUGGAAACCAAUUACCACGUCGACCACGGAGAGUUCGUCCACAUCCCAGAGGUGCAGGCGUCAACUCAGAUUUCUCGCAACCCAGAGAGUUGGCAGGAAAUGAUCAAUUCAUAAGGCACCUGCGACGUGAGAGACUAGGGGGAUCUCCAUUGCACCAGGGACGCUCGCUAGAUAGGCCACAUUCAUUCCCGGGACCUUCAAGGCCAGGAGGGCGAUCUAUCUAUCCUGGACUUUCAGGGCCAGGAGGACCACCUACCUACCCUGGAUCGUCAGGUCCAAGGGGAUCACCUACCUUCCAUGGACCUUCAGAACUAAGAGGACCAUCUGCCUACCCUGGACCUUCAGGACCAGGAGGACCUUCUACCUACGCUGGACCUUCCGGGCCAGGAGGACCAUCUACCUACCCUGGACCUUCCGGGCCAGGAGGACCAUCUGCCUACCCUAGACCUUCCGGGCCAGGAGGACCAUCUGCCUACCCUGGACCUUCAGGGCCAGGAGGACCCUCUACCUACGCUGGACCUUCCGGGCCAGGAGGACCAUCUACCUACCCUAGACCUUCUGGGCCAGGAGGACCAUCUGCUUACCCGGGACCUUCCGGGCCAGGAGGACCAUCUGCCUACCCUGGACCUUCAGGAAUAGGAGGACCAUCUGCCUACCAUGGACCUUCAGAACUAAGAGGACCAUCUACCUACCCUGGACCUUCAGGAAUAGGAGGACCAUCUACCUACCCUGGUGAAUCUGCAGGUCCCUCGGAUUCCUACCCAAACUAUAGUCGUGUACCUUAUCAGCGUGAAAGACUUCCUUACAGAAAUGCGUGAAUAUCUCUUACCAAUGGUUCCCUAUAGUUUCCCAUUAUAUUAAUAUAACAUAAACAGCCCUUUCGCAACAGUUUUCAAUGAUACGGUUGGUAGCUGUAACGGUUAUGCAACAGAUCUGUCGAAUAUAUAAAGAUAUACGCCACGAUUUCAGAAUAAUUCGUUUUCUCAGUUUAAAUAAGAUAUCAAAUAAUACGUGAUUUUUAGUGUCAAUGUGUCUAUACAGGUUGGCAACGGGUAUUUUUAUAUGCGUUAGGGUUAAUGGCUAUACCUUAAACAGAAUGGUAACUAACAUUGAUAAUAUUGGUUAUCCCAUAAUAAUCGCUAUAAACAUUACCGUCGUUAACUAUUUUUAACUAUUUUUCCACACUGAAAUAACCAUUGGCAUUAAUAUUGUCACCACUGUUAUUAUCAUAAUUAUCGUAAUCAAUAUCAUCACCGUCAUUGUCAUUAUCAUCGUUAUGAUUAUCAGCAGCAACAGCAGCAGGAACGUCGAUUUUGUGAAUAUUGUUCUUGUAUUUCUUCACAAUCACCACAGAUAUGCAUAUUUACUCCAAGAUAUAUAUUUAUCCAGUAGCAUUCAUGUUUGCAAUGUGUGAAUAUUGUAUUGUUUACAAUGUAGUUAGUAAAAAUCUAAUCAAUAUGACUGUUAUUCAUAGUGUAAUAGCUUCGCGUGUACCGUUAUUGAUCACGAAUACUACAUGCCAUUUGUUUUAAAACAGAUGUUACGUUAUGUGUAAAUGAAAAUAAUAAAUCCUACAGUAUUAUAAAUAA